AGCGUGGGUACCGAAAAGACACGCCAUUUAGGAACAUUGAGGCUUUCUAUCUCUUCGUCGUUCAAAAUGAUUGCGUCUGGAACUAUUCUGACCAAAGGUUUUCUUAUUCUUCUUUUCAGUCAGCUGAUUUUCACAACUGCAGGUAAUUAUUCAAUGUUCAAUGUGAUCUUUUUUUUCGGUCGUUUAUAUGUUUACUGUGGAAGCUCUGAUAUAUUUUUUCUUCUUCAAUGAUAAAAAGUGAUUGAUUCUCAAUUUGGAGGAAAAUUUGAAUGAAAUUGUGUAAGUAGCGAGGGGCCAAACAAGUCGAAUAAGGUGGGAAAAGCCACGAGAUCAGUGUUAUUAUGUAUUUUAAUAACAGCACAUUUCGUGGAAACGCCAACGCUGAAUCUUUUCGAAAGUUGAAGUCUUAUAAAUCAGAAGGUCUAUAGCUGGUUACAGUUACGUAAUUUGAUAGAAGACCAAAUGAAAACAGGGAAAAUAUUCCUAACGCAAAACUUAACGUCAGUUCAAAGUCCUGUGUUAGGGGCAAAACAUCUGUAGUCGGGUCAGCCAUUAUUAUUUAUUGACCAGUAUUUUUUUUAACUUAUCGAGAAACGUUUGCGCAUGAAAACACAUAAUUUUCAUCCUAUUUAACGUAGAAACCUUCAAAGCAGAGGGUCAACUUGUAUAUAUUUCGAAUUCAAUCGAGGAUAAUUGACACAAUUCCGCAAACUCCUAACGAAUUCGAAGAAUUUCAAGAGUGUUCGAAUUCUCGGAAUUGAUGCGUCAUAUCGGUCUGACGGCAUACAUGCAUGCUUCUUGAUAGAAUGUAUUCCUCAAAACUGUUAUCCCCAAAUAAAGGAAUGGCCGUCCAAACUAUUCUCUGUAUAGAGUAAACUGGAGCGGGAUUAGAUUUUUAAUCGUUCGAGUGACUCGUUAGAAAACUAGAGCGGGAUUAGAAAAGAACAGAGCGAGAAUAUUAAUUAUGCACGUUGCCGAUCAGGGUUCGCCGACCGAGUCGUCGUUGAACACGGUCUAGAAAGAACGGUCUUUUCCAGAUCCAUAUUGCGCGACAAAGAAGUUUUGAGAAAUGAAAAGCAAAAUUAAUUUUAUCGCCAAAUUUUUAAGUACCUGCAUUAUACAUGAAACCCUACAGAGGUAAGAUAAAUAAAAUGUGAAAGAUUUGAAAGGAAAUUAGUGGACUUAAUCUAACUUUUCUACCUGCCACUGUGACCAUUCAUUGGAAUUCAGCACUAUAUUGCGACACCUCAAUCAAGCGAAUUUAUUGAGGACCGCAAAUCACUAAUGUUUUGUCGAUAUUAGGAGUAGAAACCUUAUAUAAUGUCAUUCAAAAGUUAAUUGGUGCGACGGUCUCAGUUUCCUUGUGACCUAGAACAAACUGGAGAUUACAUCCGUUGAACUCGAAUACUGGUCUUCGUAAACCGAUUGUUUUGACAAAGUGCUUGGCGGAAUAGUAAAACAACCACUCAGUUCAAAGCUUUUUCAAAUCAUCUUGAUCACAUCGGAACAUUUCAUUCUUUUGCAUAUCAGUCGUGCCAGUUUGUUUGCAGCGCAAAGAGAUGUAUUAAUGUUAGCGAAACAGUUUUUGCACAAACCCACUAGUCGGUCGUAACUGAUCAAUGAAUUGAUGUUGCCUGCCCGGACUGCAUCGUAAAAGAUCAGCGAUCAUAAAAUACCUAAUGUAUCAUGAAUUUUUUAUUGUUUGUUUAUUGUCAUUCCCUAUCUGAUGAUUUAAACUCUGAAUAAAUUUAAUUUUACCUCAGAAGACCUUGCACAUCGCUGCAGUUGCAAUGAUAAAAUCCGUAUGUCAUCCGUAAUAUGUUUCUUGACAAAAAUGCGACGGGAAAAAAUCUGAUUUUUAGAAAACUGAAUUUUAGUAUAUUCCUGAAGACCUUUGUAAUAAUGUUAUAGGUAUCCCGGAGUCACAAUCACAAGUUUUCUUUCUGUAAACACAACUGUUUUUAACUCCUAAGAAAAACACUCCCUCUAAAGCAACAUGCAUGACUGCACUUAUGUGCAGUGUCAAUCAAAACUCGACUACAUUCAGGCUCAGUCUCCGUCAUACGUAUUUUGAUUUACAAAGUUGGAAAGAAGAGUUAGUUUGUGAGUAGGUUGGCAUGGGUUAGCGAAUUAAAAAAGGUUAAUAACGAAACAAAAAGAGAUCCAGCGGUUGGUUUACAGUAAGAGUUAGAAAGGGAAUGAAAACUCAUAACCUUAUUAAGACAAUUGGUAAAAUCUAUAGUCUUAUACAGCUUCAGAAAGGAGUUUUGCUUAAUAGAAAUAUUAUUAUUUUUAGCUGACUUCUCAGAUCAGGACAGCGACAGUGAUUGGGAUGACCAAACCAUUCAGGGUAGCGAUUCCUGUGGCACCUCCACACUUGAUGAUGGUUGCAGCAUGAGUGAUGAUUGCAGCACAAUCACGUGCAAAACAAAUUUCGUCGAAAAGCCGAUCACACUGAAGUUAAAGGUAAGUUUGCGCUUCCCUUAUAAACGAAACGUCAUUAAAAAGAUCUAGAAUUUCUGCUGUUAAGUAAUUCUUUAUUGGAAAGCUAAAUUAGCAAUUUAAUCUACGACAAACAAUUCGUGUUUGUUUGUUUGUUUUUUUCCACAUGCUUAUCUGUUUUUUUAAGCUGAUGAGUUGAGAUCCUGUUUUCAUCUCAGUCCCUCUCGCGGGAGUAUUCCGAAGGGAAUUGAUGUAAGCCAAACUCUAACAGGAAAAGUAAUGCGUGCCGUUACAAAAAAAAAGAGAAAACGGCAAAUACCAUGUGAAACAGAUUGAGACAAUUCGUAAUUUAUCAGGGUGAAAGUCAGAUAAAUGAAAAAGCACGAAAAAAAGCUGAAUUCGCGGUGAGAAAUCGAACCUCAGACACAACAAAUUGGCUCUUUGAUGCUCUGCUUUAACCCUUAAAAGUGACAAGUAUAUAAUUUCUCCUCACAAUAUCACCCCUGAAUCAUACAUUAAGGUCAUGAGAAUAAAAAAAAUGAUCACCAACUUAAGCAGCUCUUGAUUAUUAAACAAAUUCCGUUUUCAGCACCCUAGAAAAUAUAUAGGAUCAGUAAGGAGAGUAUGCAUACUGAUUUUAGGGUGUAAAUGGUUAAGCAACAGAGAACUCGUUGGUGAACCACACCAAUAUGAAGUUCAAAUUUAACAAGCGUCUUUCUAUAACUUCAGGGGAAGCGACUGACAACUUUCUUACUCUAACGGCCCCCAUCGACCAGCUUUGAUCUGAAAAUCACGAAAAAGCGCAAAAUUAACUUAUUUUACUGCCCAUUAGGUCAACAAGUGCGAUGACCCAAUCAGUGUAACAGCCUCAAUGGAUGUACCUGAUCUGGAUAUCUCCUGGUCUCAUACUUACACCAGUGACGACAUCAUAAAAGUCCCAGGAUUCACUGCGUCGGUACCAGUUCUCCCAAUUUCCGCUGGUGUGUACGUUCAAGUCUCUCUCACUCCAAACGGCGAUGAAUUGAAACUUACGGUCAGUACUGGAUUGACGAUAUCAUGGUGACUGACAUGAGACAAUUUAUUCCCAGUCUAAGUUCUGCAACUUUCAUCCUAGCUCUUUGAUCUAAGAGUGACUAGCGUCUAAUUUCUCUUCACAAUAUCACGACUGAAUCACACAUUAUGGGGCAAGAGAGGUUAAUUAGGUAAAUGUAAAGAAUCUAACAAUUGUUGUUUCUAUUUGCAGGUGAAGCUCCUCGCUGGGGGCCAGGUUGGGGAUAAAGGAGUUUAUCCUGUGAAACUACCUGUGAUAGACGGUAACCUGCCCAUUAACACCAACGCCUGCGGUAAGUGAUGAUGUAUGUAAACUGUCAAGAGCAUUCCCAACAAAUGGAUUUCUUUCACCACUCGAUAGGACACUUUCGACAAGUGUUAAACCUUUCUUGUUAUUCAGUAAUAAUUGUUAUUCAGUGAAAGGGCAAGGGAAUCUCGUGAAUGGCCUGGUUAAUUUAAAAGGGAGGAGGACGGGCGUUCAUUGGGGGCCUGGGAGAGCAAGAGGUGGGAGCCAAAGAGAAUAGGGGAUGGUGCCGUGGACAAUAAGGGGGGUGCUCAGGGGAAGCCCAGGAGAAGAGGUGAUGGCAAUCCGCCUCAAGAAUCGGGUGCGGAAGGAGACAGAAGGAAGAAGGAAAUAAAAACAAAUGCGGGCAAUCGUCAUCAUUAAUCUACAAUGCCUGUUAUCAGAGACAGGGGGGGGGGGGGGGAAUAAGGGGGAAGACAGAAGUUAAAGAUGGACUAAGGGCAGGGUGCGAGAAGCGGAAGAUUCUUACCCCGCCUUCCCCUUACCCAUUUCUUGUGUCUGAUCAAAGCUGAACGUGUAUUAUCUUCCUCUGGUUCAGGUAUUCUCGCCUUGUGGUACAAUAUGAACGAUAUGGAAAGAGGAGCUGUGGUCGGAGGCUCCAUUCUUGUACUCAUCAUCCUCAUCUCUACCUGUUGCUGCUGCUGCGGCUGCUGCGGCUGUUGUAAACCUGCUCGGCCCAAUCAUGGAACCGUGUUUAUCCAGCCUCCUGUUAGUGUGGGGCCUCCUGUCAUGGCAACCAGUACUAAGACUACUGUCCCCAUGCAACCGUUUGUUAACGAGGCUUAAGUCUUUGCCGUCUUCACUGUGCAUGCUUUGAAAACGUGACGGGGUGGGGAGAGGAAACAAGGGAAGGGGUUACUCAACAUUCAAGUUUCAAUUUUUCCUCUUUAAACAAAGAAGAAUUCCUAAUCAUAUUCUUCCAAACAAGGCCCCUUAGCAGGGUGAUAACAUAUCGUUCAUUUCAUUUCUCUCUUAAUUUUUUUUUAAUAGUCUAUUAUUUAGCAAAGGCUACACGAUCGUAAUUUAGCAGGCAGGUCAGUUUUGAAACCAGUGAUGUCCAUUCUAAGGAAUCAUAAUCGAACAUAUCUUAGCGUUUUCAUGGAGUUCGUGAAGAGGUCAUCUCAGUUUCCGAGAUAUACUGUUCAUGCCAUGAAGUAUAGAAAUUUAAUGAGUUUUUUCGAAUGUGGAUUUUGCAGAUAGUCCUCAAUUCACAAAGAAUUUAAAAACCUUCUGAAAUAGAAUCCCGCGAACCAAGACGCAAAACCUUACUUCCGUAAGUCCAUUAAAGAACUUUCAGUAGUUUUUAAGUAGCUAGUAUUGCAUUUUAGGGUUUUUUUUUUUUUAAUGUUUUGACCCAAUAGAGUGUGCCGUAACUGAAGUUGUAAAGGAUGAUGGUUCUUUUACUUCCUAACUAAUUUUUUGUGAACUUGAGAGGAAAAUUGCAAAAAGGGUUUCCGUUCCGCAAACUUUUUUAUCGCAUAAAAUAGGAUGCCGAUCAGCGCAAGUCAACGGAGUCGAUUUUUUUGUGUAAUUAUGGAGUUGCGCUUGCAGAAUAUCUAAUAGAGAAGUCAUGAAGUUCUUUACAUUUUGUUUGAUGUUUUUCCUAAGUAAAAAUCUUCUCCCAUGAAUUUUGCUUUUCAUGAUAAUACUUUGUAUAUUGAUUAAAAUUGUUAGAAUUAGCCAUGGGUGACUAUAUUUGACACAGGGAAUGUUUUCACAGAUGACAAGUAUUUCAACACAUAUCAGAUUGUGCGCGCAGUUUUGUUAUAUAUUUCCUUUUAUUGCUCUUACGUCACCACGUGCAGGAGACCUCAGCUUAUGGUUAUUAUUAGCAUUUGAUAGGCAGGCUGUUUACAUAUCAAUGAUCAUUAAUGGUUACUAAUUUGUUGAUUGUCACUAGUCUAGUUACUUCUACAAAUAAAUGAUACUCACAUUUUGACUUAUGGAUAUUUAUAAGAAACGAAAUAAUCCUAAAGGAUGAACUGCAGUUGAGACAAUUGCAGAAAAAGCUGAGACGAAAAGAUCAGGCUAUAAUAGGAUUGGAACCCAUGCCCUUUAGAUACUUGUUUGGCAUCACCAUCA